AUGGAGGUUGUUCAGAAAAUUGAUUCGCAUCUCCCGAUAUUAGAAGAAAACGCAAGUGAAAUUUCACGAACAAGCAAAACAGUCACUUCAGCAGCAAUGAAGAAGUGUUCUGAAACUGAAAAAUUAGAGGAUAACCAAAAUGAAAAGAACUAUUUGAAGAACAGGAAUUUUUUUUACUGCAAAGCCACGACCAGUCGUGAAAUUAAAGUGGAAAUUGAAAUGGAAGCGGAGCAAAGCUUGUUUGAUAUCUUGAGCAAUAUUAAGUCUUAUCUUGACGUUUGUGAUUGCAGUCUUGUAAGAAAUACUCAGAUCCUAUCAUAUCACCAAGAUGCUACGAAUGAAGGUACACAUGUCGGUUCACCAUAUUACCUUACAUUAUUCCAUAAAAUAAUGAAACGGGUUUUUUGUAAUGGAGGUCAAUAUGGUGAAGUACAGUUCUGGGGCGAACAUUUGCAUUUGCUAGAAAAAUUUAUUGCGCUAUCAGGUCAAUAUGGUGAAGUACAGUUCUGGGGCGAACAUUUGCAUUUGCUAGAAAAAUUUAUUGCGCUAUCAGAUGAGAGUAAGCAAUUAUUAAUUCGAUUGUUUCUUCGCAAGAGAAAGUGGUUAAUAGCAGACAAACUCUCAUACACCAGUAUUUCUUCGUCACUGAAUCCAUUAUUUAAUGAAUUAUUGGAAGCUGAACUCGUUGAUUCAAGUCAUUCAUCAUUGCUUGAAAUUGAAGAAGCCGUACAUCUCUUACAUGUUUCAUCGUUAAAAUCUGUUGCAAAACAUUUCAAAUUAGAUUUCAACAAAGGCAAAAUUGAAAUUUGUCGUUCCCUGUUGAAAUUUGCUACACAAAAAAAUGUUUUCGGAAUCACUAUGGAGAAGCGAGUACUGCAUAAAAUUAAAGAAGAACUCGGUCCAUGUUUUCGCAUACGCAAAGAGAUCGUGAACAUUUUCUGUGCGAUUUUUACAAUUUACUCACCGAUGGAUAUGAAUUCCGCGUUACUUUUUGAUCAGCCUUCUAUUAAUUUGCCCUCGCAAUUACUGUUCGUUUUGCUGCAACUUGAUACAGAUAAACUUCGUUUUCCUGCUCCUUAUAAUCCUUGCCUGAUAAAUAUUUAUACGGACGCCGAAAAACUUUUCAGGUAUAUCAAAGCAAAAGGAUUGGAAACUAAAGUGGCUGAUCUGACGCAACGUGGAAGGUGGACUGAAAUAAUUGAAUGCGCUAAGAAAGCCCGCAUCGAAUUUCAAGAUGCAUAUGCAGUACGACGACAAUUCUAUGAGUCUUUGGUUGGUGAUCUUCGACGAUUCACUGAUCUUCAUGUAUAUGCGAGGUGUAUAUCUCAUGGUGUUGAAGCAUUGGAAAGGAUCAGAGAUUAUGCGGAAGCUGUUGCGUGGUUGGAAUAUAUGUUGCAUGCCAUAGAAUUUAAACUUAUUCUUGCUAAUGCUCGAGGUGGAUGGUGGGAUCGACUAGCACUAAAUUUAGACGCACAUCUGAAAGAUAAGGAUAGAGCAAUGAAAGCUGUUAUUGCUGGUCUGGAGGAUCCUGUUUUAGGUGACAAAGAUCGUUUGUCGCUGCAAGAUAGAGGCCGUAAACUUUGUUCAGGAUGGAAAGGACCUUUGGAAGAAAUGGAUCCCGAAAAGAUCAGUAUAAAAGGCUCUGUAUUGGGUAAAAAUCUUGGCGAAGCACGAAUUAACAGAUUCCUUAUUGAGAAAAAUGGAAUAUCAUGCGAAUGCAGCGUUGAAGAGGUGGCGUUGGAUCAUUAUUUGAGAAAAGAAAGUUUUAAAGAAGGAGUGCACGCAGAAGGUGCACUUUGGCACACUAUAUUUGGACUUUUAUUUUAUGACGUUAUUUUCGAUCCAGCUGUUGAAAAUGUAUGGUUCAGCGAAACACAGAUGAAUCCAGCAGACUUGAACAGCCGAACCUUCUACACCAGUCGUCAGGAUCUUUUCGAGUUACGUUUCAAAGAAAUCGAAGAAGCAGAUUUUGAUGAUUUACUGUUGGAAAUGGAGAGAACAUACAAUAAUUAUUAUGGGGUAACCAAUUCAGAGAUAACAUGGAAUUGUUUCAUUGAUUUUGAACAAGUCAAACGCUUUAUGAUCUGUUGUCCGAUAGCUGCCGUUUGCGCAAUCUUUCGUCGUCUCAUUACUGAUUAUCGAAAUUGUCGAAGUGGAUUUCCUGAUUUAACUGUUUGGAAUGAUGAAAAGAAACUUCUGGCAGUAGUAGAAGUGAAAGGUCCUGGUGAUAAGUUAUCGACCAAGCAACGUUUAUGGUUGAAUUUUUUUCAAAAUCAAAAUAUAACCGCUCAUGUUUGUCACGUUUCUGGUAAAGAUCAUCUGUCGUUUUGUACCUUAAAAUUUCUAAAUUUUGGAGGAUUCAUUGUUCCCGAAAUCCAAGGAAGCUCGAUUGAUAGCUUUGUGCUUGAUCAUUCCGCUCAUCAAAUAAAGAUGCAUAUCAAACAGGUUGCUGUAGGACAGCAAGUGCGCUCAUAUUCUUCAACUUCCCGAGAUUUAUUUGCUCAUCAUUCCAGAAUAGUUUCAUUACUUUUUUCUUAA